AUGCGGGGAGGUGCUAUGCUUCAUACUUGCACUAUGCUGUUCCAGUUCUUUCACCCUUCUCAUCUUCUCCUCCUCCUGCCCUUCCUCCUCCUCCUCGUCCACUUCCUCCGCCGGACACAAUCCAGUAAGUCACCCACCCAUCUCCUACCCCCAUCUCCACCCACCCUACCGCUCAUUGGCAACCUCCACCAGCUCACAGGCUCCCUCCCCCACCGCAUCCUCCAAGAACUCUCCGCCAAGUACGGUCCCGUCAUGCUUCUCCACCUCGGCAGUGUCCCCACCGUCAUCGUCUCCUCGCCGCCCGCCGCUGAAGAGGUGUUGAAGUCCCGCGACGUCGCCUUCGCCAGCCGCCCCCACACCACCGUGACCCACCGCCUUUUCUACGGCAACCAGGACCUGGUCUUCAGCAAGUACGGCGAGCAGUGGCGCCAACUGCGCCGCAUCGCCACCGUCCACCUACUCAGCCACACACGGGUUCUCUCCUUUAGCCCGGCUAGGCAAGCAGAGGUCGCCCUUCUUGUCGCUGACAUUCGCUCCGCCGCCGCCGCCUCCCGCCCGGUCAACGUCAGCGACGUCAUCAUCGGGUUCACCAGCAACUUUAUCUGCAGAGUGGCGUUGGGGCGGACGUACAGCCCGAAUCUUCAG